UAGAGACUCAUCGGUUCAUUUUACUUCUUCUUCUUCACUGCCUCACUGAUACUUUCGUUCGGUCUUUAACUUUAAAGUUGAUUGGUAACACACCAAUGGUGUGUCUGAACAAAAUUGCUGACGGUUGCGUGGCCCGUAUAGCAGCCAAGCUUGAGAUGAUGGAGCCUUGCUCUAGCAUUAAAGACAGAAUCGCUUAUAGUAUGAUCAAAGAUGCAGAAGACAAAGGAUUGAUUACUCCUGGAGAGAGUACAUUGAUUGAGCCAACAGCUGGUAACACCGGUAUCGGUUUAGCCUGCAUUGGUGCUGCAAGAGGCUAUAAAGUGAUUAUUUUGAUGUCCUCAUCUAUGAGCUUAGAAAGGAGAAUCAUACUAAGAGCACUAGGUGCAGAGCUUCAUCUCACUGAUAGGAGCAUAGGCUUUAAAGGAAUGCUGGAGAAAACUGAAGAGAUGUUAAGCAAAACUUCUGGUGGUUUUGUUCCACAACAGUUUGAAAAUCCUUCAAACCCUGAGAUUCAUUACCGAACCACUGGUCCGGAGAUAUGGAGAGAUUCAGCAGGUAAAGUAGAUAUAUUGGUCGCUGGUGUUGGAACUGGUGGAACGGUUACUGGAGUAGGGAAGUUCCUCAAGGAGAUGAAUCAAAACAUUAAGGUUUGUGCGGUGGAACCUACAGAGAGUCCGGUACUCAGUGGUGGAGAACCAGGUUCACAUUUGAUCCAGGGGAUUGGUGCUGGUAUCAUCCCAACCAAUUUGGAUUUAAGCAUUGUUGAUGAAAUCAUUCAAGUGACAGGUGAGGAAGCCAUUGAAACAGCCAAGCUUCUUGCUCUCAAAGAAGGAUUGUUGGUAGGAAUAUCCUCUGGAGCAACAGCAGCAGCUGCGUUAAAGGUUGCAAAGCGUCCAGAGAACGCAGGGAAACUCAUUGUGGUGAUAUUUGCCAGUGGAGGAGAACGUUAUUUAUCGACUAAACUGUUUGAUUCUGUCAGAUAUGAAGCAGAGAAUUUGCAGAUUGAAUGAGAAUCUAAACCAUAUUACUAUGUGAUUGAAUAUAAUAAUAAGGAAACCUUGCGAUUUCGUUUAGAAAUGUGUGUUUAGUGUGAAAACAACCAAAACUGUUAAGCAUUACACAACACCAUU